UUUAUCAUUGACCGUGUACAAAAAACGCGAAAUUCAGAUCUAUCGUUUUUUCUACAAACGUGUGCAUACAAUAUAGGCUACAGUAGGCUACCUACCUUAAAAACCGGUGGUCUUCUUCAGUGAAUCCAAGAUUCGGUGGAUGCAUCUGAGCACAUUCUUCUGGGGGGGGAACGAAUAGUAGGAUAAGACAUGGUUAUGCCGGACAUUGAAAUCGAUGCACACGGAAGGCGUGAAAAUACAAUUUCCGAACUGCGGUGCAGCCAGCAACCAAUAUGAACGUUGAUACUCCACAGCCAGUCAUACCAGGGGGCUCUAAUUCAAUUUCCUCGACAUCCAGUAAUUGCAUUACUAACAACAAUGCAGCAACUAAUGUCAGCAGUAUCCCCUCGGUUGCCAUAAGUAAUGCUCCAACCUCGGCUACCAUGGCCACGCCAUCAUCUGACACAUCCGUGUCCAACGGUGUCUAUGUUCCCAGUGGCAUUGCCAAUGGCGAUGUGAAGCCUGUAAUCUCCACCACACCACUGGCUGACUUUCUCAUGCAAUUGGAGGACUACACUCCUACAAUCCCUGAUGCAGUGACAGGCUACUAUCUCAACCGGGCCGGCUUUGAGGCGUCUGAUCCGCGAAUAAUCCGUUUGGUCUCCCUAGCAGCUCAGAAAUUCAUCUCAGACAUUGCUAACGAUGCCCUGCAGCAUUGUAAAAUGAAGGGCACUGCCUCUGGGAGCUCCAGGAACAAGACAAAGCAGGACAAGAAGUACACAUUGACCAUGGAGGACCUCUCCCCUGCCCUGUCUGAGUAUGGCAUCAACGUAAAGAAACCUCACUACUUCACAUAGGAUAUUGGCAUAUGCAGUCUGGCAGCUUCUGCUGUUUUUGCACCUCAUAAACCCCUUAUGAUGGUCCUUUAGGAUGGCCAUGGAAUGUUAAUUGCAGUCACUCUUUUGUUCUGUUUUUUUUCUUCCAAGUAGAGCAUGCUUUGCUUUGUAUGAAUUUGAGCUUGUAAUAUUUUAUUGAGACAAAUAAAAUGUUCAGCAAUUACUUA